AUGGGGACCCUGACGAAACCACAGCUUGUGGCGGUUCCUCUUCUCUUUCUCGUCAUCGGCUCUUGCACGGCCGCUCAUCCCUGGCGACGUGCUCUCGUCCGCGACGACGCUGUCUCGUGGAAUGCCGCGGCGGCAUCCACGAACAUCCACAACGCGCCCCGUGCGACGGUGGCAGGAGUGUCAGAGCCCCUCGUGUAUUCUGCCAGAGGCGCCGCUGGUUCGCACGCGACUCCGAGUCGGAGUCAGCACGCUGCUGCCAGUCGCGUGGGGAACGCCGCCUCUCACGCCGCUCCUCACGCCGUCCAUUACGCCGCCACCCCUCACGGCGCUCCUCACGCCGCACGUAACGCCGUGAAUCACGGCUCUCACGGACCUGUGAACGUCAAGCUCCAUGCAGCAUCCAAUCGUCGAGGUGGUGGUUCUCGCCAUGACGGGAACGGCGGAGCAAUCGCCGUCAACGGCGCAUUCCGCGCAGCCAGCACCAACGACGUGGCGAUUCAUCACCGUUCCAGCCACGAGCGCCGCACGCGCGACGACCGCAGUGGCAGGCCAGUGGGGCGGCAGUACCAGAGCAGCAGCGGUGGAGCUUAUAACGUGGCCCGCCACACGAGGAAUGGUGGAGGCAACAGCAAUGCGCAGGGCGCUAAUCACCUCGGCAGCUAUCACCAUGAUGGUGUGAAUCAUGGGAUUAAGAUGGCAUCUGCACACACUAACGCAGCUGCUGAUUAUGAAGGGAUCCUGGAGGAGCACAACAAGGCACGGCAGGAGGUGGGUGUGCCGGACCUGGCAUGGGACGACGGAGUGGCAGCAACGGCACAGGAGUGGGCGAACGAGCUGGCGUCCAUCGGGUGCCCUCUGGAGCACGGCGGAGCAGAGGGGCUCGGGCAGAACCUCUACUGGCUGUCACCCGCGGGGCUGAUCCCACAGGAGGACCGUGGGGCGGUGCAGUCGUGGGUGGACGAGAAGGCGGACUGGACCCCCAGCCCCAUUCCCGACGGGUGUGCGGAUGGCAAGAUGUGUGGGCACUACACGCAGGUGGUGUGGCGGGACACCACUCAUGUCGGCUGCGCCUCUGCUCAGUGCCCUGACGGCUCCGGCAUGUGGGUCUGCGACUACUCGCCCCCGGGCAACUUCGUUGGCCAAACCCCUUUCUAG